ACACAACCUUGCACUACUGUGCAAUUCCAUUGUCGGCAGCCAAGUGUUUCAGGGCAAUGCGCAGCUCCUUCAACCACGAUCUGCCUGCUGCACAAUUUUCACUCAAAUCCUAAAUCAACUCUCGCUUAGCUCGUCACAUAUUUUCUUUCAGACACUUUUGUUAGUUUUCCAUCCACUCUUCUUCUUUUCCUCAUCUUCAAUACUAACAGUUCCCAAUCUAGUCGCUCCUUAACGCUGUGCAAUGAAGUUCUCCAAAGCUGCUAUUAUUGCUUUCGCAGCUCUCACUGCUGCUGCUCCGGCUGCUCAAGCAGACCCAGACUGUACUACCAAGGUGUUCCACGGCCACCACAAGCAUAAACGUGCUGUCGUUUACGACUAUGCCUACGUCACCGUCACCGUCAACGCUAACGGUGACCCAGUCGAAACCAGUGCAGCUCAGCAAAAGGCCGUCGAAACAGAACUCGAAACGUCUCUGUCUCCAGCCCCUGUUCCAAGCUCCUCCUCUUCGUCUUCAUCGUCGUCUUCUUCUGUUCAAGUUCAGACUUCCACCUCUUCCGCCGCUGCUGAAACCCAAUCCUUCUCGUCCUCUGGAGGUAUCGCCGGUGACUUGGGUGCUUUCCAAAACCCAUCCACCGAAUUCCCAGAUGGUGUUUACUCCUGUUCCACUUUCCCAGCCGGUCAGGGUGUCAUUUCCUUGGACCACUUAGGAUUUGGUGGAUGGUCUGGUAUCUACAACUCGGACACUUCCACCGGUGGAAACUGUAGAGAAGGUUCGUACUGUUCCUACGCCUGUCAAUCGGGUAUGUCCAAGACCCAAUGGCCAGACAGCCAGCCAGCCAACGGUGUUUCCGUUGGUGGUUUACUCUGUAAGAACGGAAAAUUGUACAAGACCAACUCCAGAUCCAAUUACUUGUGUGAAUGGGGUGUUGACAAGGCUUCAGUCGAAAACCAAUUGUCUCAAACUGUAGCUAUCUGUAGAACUGACUACCCAGGUACCGAAAACAUGGUUAUUCCUACUGUUGUCAAUGGAGGAUCCUCGUCGUUGAUCACCGUCGUUGACCAACUGAGCUACUACACCUGGAAAGGUGGUUCCACUUCUGCUCAAUACUAUGUCAACAAUGCAGGUGUAUCCUGGACCGACGGUUGUGUCUGGGGUACUCCAGGGUCUGGUAUUGGUAACUGGGCUCCUUUGAACUUUGGUGCCGGUUACGCCAACGGUAUUGCUUAUUUGUCUUUGAUUCCAAACCCUAACAACUACGACUCAUUAAACUUCAAGGUUAAGAUUGUCGCCGACGGUUCUUCUUCUGUCAGUGGUCAAUGUACUUACAGUAAUGGUAAGUAUAACGGUGGUGGUUCUGAUGGUUGUACCGUUGGUGUUACUUCCGGUACCGCCAAGUUUGUCUUGUACAACUGAUAAAAGAAAUUCCAUAUAUCCCAGAGCAAGAUAUUCAAUUUUGUUUUUUUGAUCAUUUAUCACAAGCGGGAAUUUCCUGCUGUAUCUGUAUUUCUUUCUCUCUUAAGCCAGGCAAAACUGGUUUUUGUAUAUUAUAAUGAAUGUUGUUUC